AUGGCGGAUGAGGAACAUGCUCAAACCUCUCGGAAGAGGGUUGCAGAUAAACAAAUCAACAAGGACAAUCCUGAGCUUGAUGAUGACUCAUCGGAGCAAGAGGGAGGAACAUUUAAGAAAGCUAGUGAGGAAGUGAUGGCAACCCGAAAAAUUGUAAAGGUUCGGCGCCAGCAGCCGUCGUCAGCUCCUUCUUCUAAUCCUUUCUCUGCAAUUAAGUUUACCACAAGUGAUUCCAGUGUUCAAGCAAGUAUUCCUGUCUCAAAACCUCCACCUUCUGAUGUCACAACGUCAAAUGUAAGGGGCUCAAUUGAGAAAGCUGAUGAGGCCAGCAAUGGAAGUGGGAAAGAUGCUGACAAGAAUGCAGAUUCUAAUGAGGUAGCAGAGAUUCAAAAGGAUGAAUUGGGCCUGAAUGAGUCAAAUGCAGAAAACAAGUCGAAUGCGCCAAUGGAAGCACACUCUUCACUUACUGAAACUGAUAACAAGGCAGGCAGCACAGAGGGUGGAACUGGUGAGGACAAAGUGCUGGUUGGAGAACCCAAGGUAGAUAACAGCAAGACAUCUGGAAUCGAGGGUAAAACAGAAGAUGAAGGUGCUAAAGUGAAUGAAGGUGGAGAUGAAGAUAAAAGCAGCAAGGACGGCGCUGAGAAGAAAGAUGAAUCUGAAUCAGGGACCAAGGAUGAAGUGAAUGCAGGUGGAGAUGAAGAUAAAAGCAGCAAGGACGGUGCUGAGAAGAAAGAUGAAUCUGAAUCAGGGACCAAGGAUGUAUCACCAACACCUCUGUUCUCUUUUAUGAAUGUGUCAAGUGGCCAUAACGCCUUCACAGGACUGGCUGGAACUGGGUUUUCAGCCUCAUCAUUUUCCUUUGGCUCAGCUUCUAAAGAGAGCACAAAUGCUCCCCUAUUUGGGCUAAAGAGCGAUGGUUCAUCCUUCCCUUCUUUCAAUAUCGGUGGUACAAACAACAACGGGAGUUCUGUUCCAUCGCUUGUUGCUGCAGCAGAAGCACCAAAGAAAUUCACCAUGCCAGAGGGCCCAGUGGAGACAGGCGAAGAGAACGAGAUGGCCGUGUUCACCGCAGACUCCGCAAUGUACGAGUACCUCGAUGGGGGCUGGAAAGAAAGAGGAAAAGGGGAGCUAAAGCUGAACGUCCCCGUGUCUGGCGGCGAGAGGUCCCGGCUCGUUAUGAGGGCCAAGGGUAACUACCGGCUGGUCCUGAACGCGAGCCUGUACGACGACAUGGCGCUGAAGGACAUGGAGAAGAAGGGCGUGACGUUCGCCUGCGUCAACAGCACCGGGGACUCGCCGAGCGGGCUCACCACAUUCGCCCUCAAAUUCAAGGACACUGGCAUCAGGGAUGAUUUCAAAGCCGCGGUGGAGGCGCACAAGGCGAAGAAGGCCUCGGACGCGAUCCCCAAGACGCCCGAGUGCUCCCCCAAGGUGUCUGAUGACUGA